GGUGUUGUCAGAAACUCCACAAAGACAAAGAUUAUUAAAAUUCAAGAGCAUAAUAACUGAAAGCACUCGAUUGCUCCCAUCUUUUUAGAAUUCCACUAGUUUAUUUACUCCGCAAUUGUAUCUUCCUGUUUUUUCAAUUGCGUUAUGACGGUGAAGAUAAAAGAGAACAAUUGAGUUGGGAGGGGCCACUUUGGUGUUGAAAAAACCUGCAUUCGUCAACUUUGACAGGCUGUAAUGAAACGUUCUUAUUUGACCAAUUGUAGCAAACUGGAGACCGUGACUCUCUGCAUAUUUAGCCAACCCUGUCUUCCACGUUUAAUGACCCACAGAGAUCUCCGUUUGUUAGUUCUGGCUUCUAAACUUUUUCCAUCUCUAGCUGCCACUGCUUUUGCUGCUAUACUUUUCAAUUUUUGUUCCUUGAAGAGAAGAUCAAGUGAGAUCAAAUGGAGGGGAGUGCCAAAAAAAGACGCAUCUGUGAAAAUGAUGGAACAGCAGGAGGCGCUUCUUCUACUCACACUUCAACAGAAGGUCAAGGAAUGGCUACUUCAUAUGACUAUGAAGUAUUCUUGAGCUUCAGAGGACCAGAUACUCGAGCAGGUUUUACUGACUUCCUUUACACUAGUCUGAUAGCUACAGGAAUCCGUGCAUUUAAGGAUGACGAAGAUCUCCGCAAAGGGGAAGAGUUUGCCCCUGAACUUCUCCAAGCAAUUAAGCAGUCAAAGAUCUUAAUACCUAUCUUUUCGAAAGAUUAUGCCUCUAGUGUAUGGUGUCUCAAGGAGGUAGUCCAAAUGGUCGAGUGCAAGAAUAAUGGGGGACAAAAGAUCAUCCCUAUUUUUUAUGAUGUUGCGCCUGCAGAGGUUCGGUACCAAACUGGGGAUUAUGAAAAGGCCUUUCUUUCACAUGAAAGCAAGAAGCGAUAUGACCAAAAGACCAUCAGAGAGUGGAAGGAUGCUCUCCGUGCAGUUGGGGAAAUAAACGGACACAACCUGCAAAGCAUGCCCAACAGGCAAGAAGGCGAGUUUGCAACAAAACUCACCAAGGAGGUUUUCAGAGAAUUGAAAAGGGCUUAUUUGGUGGUAUCAGAUUACUUGGUCAGUGUCGACGACCAUGUGGAUGCAAUCAUGGAAAUGAUUGGUGCUGAGACAAGUGAAACACGGAUUGUAGGAAUUCAUGGAAUGGGUGGCAUCGGAAAGACGACUAUUGCCAAAAUCAUCUACAAUCAGCUUUCAAAAAAUUUUGAGGGUUGUUGCUUCCUUUCUAACGUCCGUGAAACGUCAAAACUCAAGGGCAUUCACCACUUGCAGCAUCAGCUCAUCUCUGACAUCCUCAACACGAAAUGGAUAGAUAUAAGAAAUAUUGAUGAAGGGAUUAAGACCAUUAAAGACAGGUUGUCUAAUAAAAGAGUCCUCCUUCUUCUCGAUGAUGUGGAAGAAAAGGAUCAUAUGAAUGCACUCAUAGGAAAUCAUGAUUGGUUUGGUAAAGGGAGCAAACUCAUUAUUACUACUAGAAACAAAGAGGUUCUUAAGCUUACCAAAGUGGACAAUCUUUAUGAGGUUAAUGUCAUGGAUUUCGCUCGAUCUCUACAACUUUUUAGCAAACAUGCCUUCAGAAGAGAUUCUCCUUUAGACGAGCAUAUCGACCAAUCCAAAAGGGCGAUAGGCAUUGCUGGAGGCCUUCCGUUAGCUCUUGAAGUCAUAGGUUCACUUUUACCUUGCAUUGAUAAGAAAAAGUGGGAUGACAAAUUGGAGCAGUUGGAAAAAGUUCCUCAUUUGGAUGUUCAGAGUAAGCUAAAAAUAAGUUUUGAUGCAUUAGAAGUUCGACAACAACAUAUAUUCCUCGAUAUAGCUUGUUUUUUCAUUGGAUAUGACAAAGACAUUAUGGUUCAUUUCUGGGAAAAAUCUAAAUAUUUUCCAGAAGAAGUUAUGGAGGUUCUGCAGAACAUGUCUUUGAUAAAGAUUAGAUGGGGUAAUAAAGUGUGGAUGCAUGACCAACUCAGAGACAUCGGAAGAGAAAUAGUUCAUCAAGAAAGUAAGAUGAAAAUAGAGAAGCAAAGUAGGGUGUGGGAUCCUAAGGAAGCAUUGGAUUUGCUGAGGAGACGUAAGGGGAAAACAAAAGUUGAAGCUUUAUGUCUCAAUUUGGACAAUCAGUGGCAGUAUCGCUUUACCUAUGAGGGCUUUGAGAGCCUAUCAUAUUUAAGGUUCCUUGAAGUGGGCGGUUCGAUGGAAAAUUUCUGUGCAGAAGCGCGGCUUCUUUGGCAUGAAUUGACAUCAAAUGUUCCUUCAGCUAAUGAGAAUUCAGAUCUCCUUCCACAAUUACGUUGGCUUUCGUGGCGUCGUAUUCCCCCAAUAUUUAACAUUACAAAUUUCUCCAUGGAGGAUGUGGUUUUUCUUGAUCUUUCUUCCAGUGAAAUCACGGAUGAUUGGAAGGGGUGGAGGCACAUGGAGGUGAUGAAGAAUUUGAAAGUUCUGGAUCUGUCCUAUUGCCGACACUUGAAGAGAACCCCCAACUUCUCUGUUCAUUCAAAUUUAGAACGUUUGAUCCUAUCGAGUUGUCCAUUAUUGACCGAAAUUGAUAGAUCGAUUUGUCAGUUGAAACGCUUAGUUUCCUUAGAUGUAAGUAAUUGUGAGAAUCUUCAGAGGCUGCCAGGUGAGCUGGGUGGAGAUCUUGCAAGCCUUAAAUACCUAUCUCUGAGAAGUUGCAGAUUGUUGGAGAGGCUUCCGGAUACAAUCGGGAAUUUGGAAUCGCUGAUUGAGAUGGAUAUAUCUAUUACGAGGAUCAAAGAACUACCCGAUUCCAUCGGAAAAUUGAAAAAUUUGAAAGUAGUGAAGAUGGAGCAUAGUGGCAUAAGCAAAAUACCCGAUGCCUUUUGGACGAUUGAGAAGCUCGAAGAAAUACAUGUCGGCAGGAACAGGAUGUUUGCUCCCGAGCGUUGCCAUGUGAAUAUUGGCAAUUGCAUCUCCAGAAAUCAAUCCCUGAGGAUCUUGAGAUUGGAUGGGGUGGAUAUAUACGCGCUACCACUGAGGCUUCCUGAAAGUCUCAUCGAUUUAUCGCUGGAGGAGUUGUGCAUGGACACGUUUCCAGAUCUCUCGUACCUCACUAAUUUAAAGAAACUGAAUCUGAGAUUUAGGGGACGUGAUUAUGAUGGGAAAUCAUAUGGGCCCGUGGAAGAUCCAAUACCACGGUGGAUGGGGAACUUGAGCAAUCUGGAGUCUCUGGCCCUGCGCUUUGAUUGUGAGACCGCCUCACCAACAGACCUAAGCCUCCCUACUCAACUCAAGUCACUUGACCUCAAGUGCGGGAUUACCACCUUACCAACAGCCCUUCCUCCUCAGCUCGAGUCACUUCGCCUCUCGACCACUAAACUGCGUCACCUCCCGAGUCUUCCCCCAAGUUUAUCCUCCUUACGUUUGGAAGGUUGCGACUCACUUUGCUCGAUGGAGGAUCUAUCGAAUUUGAAGAAUCUAUCAUCUCUCGGCAUUUUGGGCGCUGCAAUUGCAGAGAUUCGAGGCCUUGGUUGUCUGGACGGCCUACGAGAUAUGGACCUUAAGAGCCUUGGACAGGUGAAGAUACUACCUGAUCUGAGCAAUUUAAACAAACUGAGGCGUCUUGAUGUAUGCUAUUGUUUUAAUCUGGUAGAGAUUCAAGGGGAACUACCACGGUUUUUGGAUGGGUUGUAUAUUUAUUCAUGUCCUUCUUUGCUGAAUUUACCCGAUCUGUCAAGCUUGGUGGGUAGGCAACGGGUUGUAAUAAAAAAUUGCGCUAAAUUAAAUGAGGGGGCAAUUCUUGCAUAUGCUCGGAUGAAACCACGAGAUUUGUGGCUUUUAGGCUUUGACCAGCUGCAGAUCCUACGUGGUCUAAGUUAUUCAAACGAACUAAGAUGUCUUCAUGUAGACAGCUAUCGUAAUCUGGUUGAGAUUCAAGGCGAACUACCACAAUCUUUGGAAGAAUUGAGGAUUUAUUACUGGGAAUCUUUACGGAAGUUGCCUGAUCUGUCGAGCUUGAAGGGGUUGCGAAUGGUUUGCAUACGUAGCUGUUGUAGUCUGGCUGAGAUUCAAGGUGAACUACCACAAUCUUUGGAAAAAUUGGAGAUUUAUGACUGUGAAUCUUUACAGAAGUUGCCUAAUCUGUCGAGCUUGAAGGGGUUGCGAGAGGUUUCCAUAAGUAGCUGCGGUAGUCUGGCUGAGAUUCAAGGCGAACUACCACAAUCUUUGGAAAAAUUGAAUAUUUCUUUUUGUGAAUCUUUACAGAAGUUGCCUGAUCUGUCGAGCUUGAAGGGGUUGCGAAAGGUUGAAAUAAAUCGGUGCAAGAAAUUAGAUGUGGAGGCAAUUUCUUCGCUUUGCUCGGAGAAGGGAGUCGAAUUUCUGGAAGAAGACAAUGAAUGGGACGGAGAAGAAAGAUAAUCUGAAUCUAAACAUGAUGGAGAAGACAACGAAUCUGAAUUUGAGGGAGAUGAUGCCGAAUCUGAAUCUGAAGAUGAGGGAGAAGAUGACGAAUCUGAAUCUCAGGGAGAAGAUGAGGAAUAAGUGCACGUUGCUCUUGAAAGCUUCUUGAUCCACGACCACAAAUUGUUGCCUCAUGUUCAAACUUUAAACAACUUGAGUUUAUUGUCCAGAAUAGGUGUGCUUCUUACUGAGAUUUGCAAAUGUUAGGGAGAAGUUAUAAAAUGAAGAAAGACGAAUUUCACUUGGGUAGCGGCAUCAAUAGUUUGCCCGGAAAAACUUCCAUCUGUGGCAGGAUAGAGGAGCUACUUAGCUUCUCCGAGGGAGCUGCGGCUAAUGGGGCGGCUGUACAAAUGAAGACCAAAUAAAGGAAAAUGAGGAUGACAUAUAAUGUCAACUAAAUUCCCUUUCACAAUCUUGGGGUGGUAUUCACCUGUUGAGUGACAGAAACUUGAAUAUUAGUGACGGAAGUCGUUGCCUAUUGAUGAAAUUGUUAAAUCUGUUAAACUCGGUUUGAAGUUUUAGUUGAAUGUUUGGCCCUUUUUUCUAGAGAAA